AUGUUGAGACUCAACUUGGGGAAACAAUUGUUGGCGCGUACUGGGAGGAGAUACUUGUCCAUCCAUGAGUACAGAUCCGCUCAAUUGCUGUCGAAGUACGGGGUGCAGGUCCCCAAGGGAGAAGUCGCGUUUACGCCGAAGGAGGCCGGGGCUAUCGCACUGAAUAUCCCCACGAGGGAGAUUGUGUUGAAGGCUCAGGCGUUGACUGGUGGAAGAGGCAAAGGCCAUUUUGACAACGGGUUUCAAGGUGGGGUGAAGAUCAUCAAUAAUGAUGUGACUGAUGUUGAGUCCGUCGCGGAGAAAAUGCUCGGUCAUAAGCUUAUCACAAAGCAGAGCGGGCCCAAGGGGAAAUUUGUUUCUGGUGUGUACGUCGUCGAGAAAAUGGACAGCACGAAGGAGGCGUACCUUUCGAUUUUGCUGGAUAGAGCGAAGAAGAUGCCUCUGAUCAUUGCCUCCAGCGAGGGCGGUGUGAACAUCGAGGAGAUUGCGGAAACCAACCCGGAAGCUAUCAAGAAGUUCUGGGUCGGUGCUUCAGAGACGGAGCUAAGCCCGGAACUGGCCAAGCAAGUUGCAAGCAGCUUAGGGUUUGAUCAGCAAGUAGAGGCAAGUGCCGCAGACACAAUCGCCAAGUUGUACAAAAUAUUUAGGGAGCGUGACGCGACCCAGAUCGAAAUCAACCCGCUAAGCGAAGUGACCACGAGUAACGGCGAACAUAAAGCUAUCUGCAUGGAUGCUAAAUUUGGCUUUGAUGAUAAUGCAUUCUUUAGGCAGAAGGAGGUUUUCUCCUGGAGAGAUUUGACGCAAGAGGAUUCCAAUGAGGUGGAGGCCAAAAAAUACGAGUUGAACUUCGUCAAGUUGAACGGUAACAUUGGCUGCCUUGUGAAUGGUGCUGGGCUUGCAAUGGCGACAAUGGAUGUCAUCAAGUUGAACGGCGGGGACCCAGCCAAUUUCUUGGACUGCGGUGGUGGUGCCACCCCUGAGACCAUUAAGAAGGGGUUUGAGUUGAUCCUGUCCAACGAUAAAGUAGACGCCAUUUUUGUCAAUAUCUUUGGUGGUAUUGUCAGAUGUGAUCACGUUGCUCUCGGACUUGUAGCGGCAGCCAAGGAACUAAAUAUCAAGAUUCCUAUCGUGGCAAGAUUACAAGGUACCAACUUGGACGAGGGACGCGAGAUAAUCGAAAAGUCUAGGGUUAAGAUAUACUCGUUCGAUGAGCUAGAUCCUGCGGCAAAGAAUGCUGUUGAACUGGCCAACGGUGCCUAA